CACACACACACAGCCUAAGUCAUGUUCCGCAAAGAGUGAUAAGAGGGUGCCAGUGGGAUGCUGAUACCGCGGGCACUAGGAGCAAGCAGCCCUUCUUAUCAGCAGAGAUGUCCACACAGAACGUUCCUUUUGCUCUUCAUCAGAACAUAACUCUCUAAGCUCUGAUCCCGCCCAGGCCAUCUCAGCGGAACGACCCAUCCGGAGCUUUGUAAUUUUGUCUCCACUCUGGCUGCUACUAGCUGGGUGCUUUGGGUGAAAUAUGCUUUGGACUUCACUCUCCUUGCCCGAAAACGGCAACGGUAUAUAGCCUCGUCCUGCGGAUUAUGAGGAUGUCCUGAAAUCACAGAGCCUUAUAAAUGGACACGGACAUGGACUACGAAAGACCCAACGUUGAAACCAUCAAGUGCGUGGUCGUGGGCGACAACGCCGUGGGGAAGACUCGCCUGAUCUGUGCCCGGGCGUGCAACACCACACUGACGCAGUACCAGCUGCUGGCCACCCAUGUGCCCACCGUGUGGGCCAUUGACCAGUACCGUGUUUGCCAGGAGGUCCUAGAGCGGUCCAGGGAUGUCGUUGAUGAAGUGAGCAUUUCUCUCAGGCUUUGGGACACUUUCGGAGAUCACCACAAAGACAGGCGUUUCGCAUACGGCAGGUCUGACGUUGUGGUCCUCUGUUUUUCAAUCGCAAAUCCCAACUCCCUAAAUCAUGUGAAGACUAUGUGGUAUCAAGAAAUCAAGCACUUUUGCCCUCGAACACCUGUUGUCCUUGUUGGCUGCCAGCUAGACCUCCGCUACGCCGACCUGGAAGCCGUUAACCGGGCCAGACGCCCCUUAGCAAGGCCCAUAAAGAGAAGUGACAUUUUGCCCCCAGAAAAAGGCCGAGAAGUGGCGAAGGAACUUGGCAUCCCUUAUUACGAGACCAGCGUGUUUGACCAGUUCGGCAUCAAGGAUGUGUUCGACAAUGCUAUCCGGGCAGCCCUCAUCUCCCGCCGCCACCUGCAGUUCUGGAAAUCCCACUUGAAAAAAGUCCAGAAGCCUCUGCUUCAGGCGCCCUUCCUACCUCCGAAAGCCCCUCCCCCGGUCAUCAAGGUCCCCGAGUGUUCCUCCAUGGGGACAAGCGAUGCUGCCUGUUUACUGGACAACCCUCUGUGCGCUGACGUCCUCUUCAUUCUCCAGGACCAGGAGUACAUCUUCGCGCACCGCAUUUACCUCGCUACCUCUUCUUCCAAAUUCUACGACCUUUUUUUAAUGGAAUGUGAAGAAUCCCCCGGUUGGGGUGGGGGAGCUGGUGAGGAGGUGCCAUGCAGGGAUUGUCACGGGCGGAUGCAGGGUAUUGGUCCAGCCGAGGAAGGGAAGAAAAGUCCCCAGAGGACCCCUCAGGCUGGCCCAGGAGCAUCUUCAGGCCAGGACCUGCCGGAGAGUCUAGCUUUGCAGGCCGAGGCCUCAGGUUCUGAGGCACAGGCCCUGUCUGGCUGGAGCAAGGGAUUUGUCAGCAUGCACAAAGAGGUGCGGGUCAACCCCAUUUCUAAGCGGGUGGGCCCAGUGACCGUUGUCAGGCUGGACCCAUCGAUGCAGUCAGGCCCUUUCCGGACCCUGCUACGAUUCCUCUACACUGGGCAGCUGGAUGAGAAGGAGAAAGAUUUGCUGGGGUUGGCUCAGAUGGCCGAGGUCCUGGAGAUGUUCGAUCUGAGGAUGAUGGUGGAGAAUAUCAUGAACAAGGAAGCCUUUAUGAACCAGGAGAUCACAAAAGCCUUCCAUGUCAGGAAAGCCAAUCGGAUCAAAGAGUGUCUCAGCAAGGGCACCUUCUCAGAUGUGACCUUUACCUUGGAUGAUGGAGCCAUCAGUGCCCACAAACCACUGCUGAUCUGUAGCUGCGAGUGGAUGGCCGCCAUGUUUGGGGGGUCCUUUGUGGAAAGCGCCAACAGUGAGGUGCGUCUCCCCAGUAUAAACAAGAUGUCGAUGCAGGCGGUGUUGGAAUACCUCUACAGCAAGCAGUUGUCGCCCGCCUUGGACCUGGACCCCCUGGAGUUAAUUGCCUUGGCAAACAGAUUUUGCCUGCCACACUUGGUUGCACUCGUAGAGCAGCACGCUGUCCAGGAGCUCACCAAGGCCGCUGUCAGUGGAGUGGGCAUCGAUGGUGAAGUGCUCUCUUACUUGGAGCUGGCACAGUUUCACAACGCCAACCAGCUAGCCGCCUGGUGUUUACACCACAUCUGCACCAACUACAACAGUGUCUGCUCCAAGUUCCGCAAGGAAAUCAAAUCCAAGUCAGCAGAAAACCAAGAGUACUUUGAGCGGCACCGCUGGCCCCCCGUGUGGUACCUGAAGGAGGAAGACCACUACCAGCGUGUGAAGAGGGAGCGAGAGAAGGAGGACCUGGCGCUGAAGAAGCACUAUUCGAGGAGAAAGUGGUGUUUCUGGCACUCGUCCCCAGCUGUCGCCUGAAGAGGAGAGAGAGGGACAGGUCAUCCUCUCGGCCACCUCCACCGCUGACAGCUCUACCUGCGGUAGAAACCAGUCUCCUUAGCCAUCGGCGCGGUUAGGGUUUGGGGCACUGGCUUCUCCACUCGUGUGCAUUUAUAUCUCCAUCAGGAUCAAAGCACAAGCUCGACAUCCUUGAGCCUGGACAUAAAAGGAAGCUGACUGGCUCACCGCAUUCCUUCAACCUACACCUGUUUUUGUGGGUUUUUUUUUUGUUGUUGUUGUUUUGUUUUGUUUUGUUUUGUUUUUGGUUAGGAAGCUUAAUACACUUUAGUGCAUUAUUUUAUUCCUUUUUAUACAAAGACAAACAAAUCCAGCUUUCACGUUUCAGAUUCCGGAUUGGAAAGUAUUUUUAUAUGGUCUCUUGUAUUUCAUUGAAAUGACAAUACUGUAUAUUACUUUAAUUUCAUAGGCCACGCAUUGACCGCGAAGUUGCCCCAUGAGUCUCUCGGCCCCACGUGACCACCGCAGAGCAUUACUCAUAAUUACAGAGUUAUCUUUUUGUUGUGAGGCAAAGGGUUGGGCUGAAAUCCCCCCCGGAGUACAAGCUGGAAGCGCUUAAUCUUUGUUCUGAUGAACAACAUUGGUAUAAUUACCUAUUUACAAGAUUUUUCUAUUUAAGUGCUAGUAAUUAUAUGGUUAUCGGUGCCAUAUAAACUAUGGUGAGGGCAAAUAUCCUACUGUUUAAGUUGUCUAGAUUCAAGAGGAUAAUCCUCAUAGUCAUUAGAAGGGCUUAUUAAAUUCCAGUGCUAUCAGGGGCAAGAUUGGCUGGCAGACCUGGGUACCUACGACAGGGUUCGAGUACUGCUAUUGGAUGACUGUGUCAGGGUUGGUGGCUCUCAGUGUCCUGUAAUUUUGCUGGGCUUCUACUGGCCAACCCUUUGGCAACCUGAACAGAGAUGAGCGAAGGAGAAAAGACUCGUCCCACUGUCUACAGGUCUGGCACCUCAGCCCUCACACCCAUGGCCAACUUCACUUUGUAAAGACACAGAUUUUUUUUAACUCUUCCCAGGGAAAAUUCAGGUCACCACUAAAGUAGGCCAAGGCAGACCACCUGCUUCUACAGCGGUCCCACGGAGCCUGUGAAAGCACAAAGCUGGAGGCCGGGGCCUGCUUUCUCCAGCAGUGAAAGGAGCCAAAUCCCAAGAGCCUAGGAAAUGGUGCUAUUGUGUGUUAGGUAGUUCUGACCCCGUGUCCUUUGGGAAGUUCAGUGUUAGUACAGAACGUGGAGAACAGGGGAGCUCUCAAGAGGCAUCAACAUCAUUGCCCCCUCGGCAGAUUAAAAUGUUACAGUACACACAUUCACUCUCAUGCGUGUACACACACACACACACACACACACACACACACACACACACACACACCAUUAGAGAGUCAUAGUGCCGCAGCUGCCUCGGGAUGCUGUGUGCUGGACACUGGGGCUCAUCCUGUUGGGAGGUCACCUUACUGAUGCUAAGGGCUAUUGAUAUUUUUGUUUGUUUGUUUUUGUUUUCUAGGGGUUUUUUUUUCUGAAGAUGAAAAGGAGACAGUUGAGUUCAAACUCCAAAUGCCAUGUACAUUUGAAAAAUCCGUGUAGCGCACAGGCAAGCAUUUGUUUCUGGCAUGACCACAUACCAGAUACAAGAGCUUAGAAAGACCCAGGAAUGCACCAACCACCCUCUCAUGGCAGAGAGGGAGCAGCAGAAGAGGGAGUCUGAUAAAGCCUCCCCCCUUUACCUUGUUAAUAGGGCGAAUAACUAGUGGACAGAGAGAGUAGGUAGAAUGGGAGGAUAUAUGUCAGAACUCGGGAAGAAACGGCAUAUAGCCACCUUCAGAUCUUAGAGGUUGUGUGUUCAGUGAGUAGUGCUAGUUGAAUUUAACAACCAAAGCUCCAUCUGAUUGUACUCUUGCCAAAACAUACCAGACACAUACAUGAACAUGGGGCAUAAGCAAUAAUACCCACUCAUGUUCUUCACAGCUGCUGGAACCAAGUGGCUGGUUCAUUUGGUUGACUGAUUAGCCUUUAACCAUGGUGGUUUGUUUCAUGUUUUUUAUUUCACAAAAAGCCAAUAAAAUUGUUUAGCUAUAAAAAAAA